AUGUCGCCAAGGAAUAAGUUUAGUAACUCUAGUUCUGAAGAUAUGAUAGAUGAAAAGAAGAGGAAGAGAAUGAUCUCAAACCGUGAAUCAGCUAAACGAUCAAGGAUGAAGCGGGAGCAGCAUGUUAAAGACCUGAACGAUCAGAUCAUGUAUUUCAUGAACAAACACAGUGAAAUGAUUCAUAAGAUCAACGAAAUUACACCACUUUACGAGAGCACUGAAUCAGAGAACAGAAUAUUGAGAUUGCAGCGCGAAGACCUGAGAAAAAGGCUAGAGUCUUUGGACAUAGUUUCUAGAUAUAUGCGUGAGGCAAAUGAGUCCUCGAUGGGGAUUUUGCAAGAUCCCUUGUUUAAACCACGGAAGCCUCAUUUCCAGUCUCAGCCUACAAUGACCUCUGCUGGGAUUUUCCAGAUUUAA